ACCGCAGAUGUCUCAUCAUUGGAGCACUAAUCAAAUAAUCCUCCAUGAAAUCAUUUCACUACUAUUAACAGAAAAAACAGAGGAAGAAAACUCUUCAGAGCCCACAAGUGAGUGUCAUCUCUUCUUAUCUCUGCUCUCUAUAUCAUGGAGUUCUGGUUCAUCUUUCUCACUCUCUGCAUCUGCUUUGUCCUCAAAUUGUUUCUAAAUCUCAUCCUAGACAAGAAAUACAACAAAAGAGAACACAAACUGAAACUCCCACUCCCACCAGGACCCUUUACCUUUCCCAUCAUAGGAAACUUCUUUUGGCUGCGUAAAUCCUUCUUAGAUCUUGAGCCAAUUCUAAGAGAGCUCCAUGCUAAGUAUGGCCCGGUUGUUAGUCUUCAUAUUGGUUCCCAACGAGCCAUCUUCAUAAAAACACAUGCUCUUGCCCACCAAGCCCUCAUCAAGAAUGGAGCUAUCUUUGCUAGUCGGCCUCCGCUCCUCCUCAUACAUCGAUUCGACAUCAACUCAAUGGGAUUUGGCCCGGUCUGGCGGCUUCUCCGCCGUAACCUUACAACGGAGAUGCUUCACCCUUCUCGUCUGAAGUCUUACGCUCAUGCCCGAAAAUGGGUAUUGCAGGUACUAAUCAACAAGCUCAAAGUCGAAUCACAAUCUGGAAAUGCUGUUCUCGUGACGAAUCACAUCCGAUAUGCAAAUUUUUCCCUACUAGUGUUCAUGUGCUUUGGUAAAAAACUUGAUGAGAAGGAGGUUAGAGAGAUCGAAGCCAUCCAAACCACCAUCUUAAGAAAUACCAGUAGGUUCAAUGUUCUUGUUUUCUUACCCUGGUUGGGGAGGAUUUUUUUCCGAAAGUUGUGGAAUGAACUCCUAGAGAUCCUACGUAAACAAGAAAAUCUUUUGAUCCCUCUCAUCAAAGCUCGUAAUUCAAAACUAGAGGAAGAUUUUGCAGACUCAUAUGUUGAUACAUUGCUUGACCUCAAGCUCCCAGAUGAUGGAAGAAAGCUUAGUGAAGCUGAAUUGGUGAGUUUAUGUUCAGAGUUUCUUAUUGCAGGCACAGACUCAACAUCCACUGCAUUGCAGUGGAUACUAGCCAAUUUAGUGAAGCACCAACAUAUACAGUCAAAGUUGGCUACAGAAAUUGAUGGAGUAGUGGGGCCUGGAGAGGAGAUCAACGAAGAGGAUUUGCAGAAGAUGCCGUAUUUGAAGGCAGUGGUGCUUGAGGGCCUACGUCGGCACCCACCGAUGCAUUUCUUGUUACCACAUGCAGUCACAGAGGAUACGACAUUGAAUGGUUAUCUCAUACCCAAGAAUUCUACUACUGUGAAUGUAACAGUAGCAGAGAUUAGUCGGGACCCACAUACUUGGGAAGAUCCAAUGGAGUUUAGGCCAGAAAGGUUUUUGAGUAGUAUUGUUGAAGGGGAAGAGGUGAUUGAUAUAACAGGGAAAAAGGAGAUUAAAAUGAUGCCAUUUGGUGCAGGGAGAAGGAUUUGCCCUGCUCUUGGUUUGGCAUUGCUUCAUAUGGAGUAUUUUCUGGCUAAUUUGGUGAGGGACUUUGAAUGGAAGGCUAGAGAUGGAGAUGAUAUUGAUUUAUCAGAGAAGAUACACUUAUCGGUUGUUAUGAAGAAUCCACUGCAUGCCCUUAUCUAUUCAAGGAGAAGGUAGGUUUACCUUAAUCUGAUCAUAUAGCCCUAUUAAGUGUAUAUAAUUGUAUAAUUUUCUGGACUGGUGGUUAUAAGAAUAACAAUGGUAUGUUUUUUCUUAUUA